AUGGAGGAUGAACGGCGGUUGUACCGGCUCGACGGUGUUGCUCACAUAGCCGGAACCAUCGAUGAAGAGCUUUCCCGAUGUGUGCAUAACGUCCGUAGGCAACAGAAUAUGCCAUUACAUGAUAGGAUCAUACUUUACUUGGAGAGGGCUGGGUUGUACCACCUGGCUAGGCUGAACGCGCAUUGGUUCUGGUUGGAUGAGCCUCUGGUCAGCGCAUUUAUCGAGAGGUGGUGGCCUGAGACCCACACUUUCCAUAUGCCAUUCAGAGAGUGUACUAUCACGCUCCAAGAUGUGGCAUACCAGCUCGGGCUGCCCGUGGAUGGCCAGGCUGUUUCCGGGGUGUUACCAGCAGAUGCUUCGGAGGAGACCAUGCACAUAUAUGCACGUGCGUAUAUUAUGAUGCAUUUGUCGACACAGCUGUUCAUGGACAAGAGUGCUAAUCGGGUCCACCUUCGCUGGUUGCCUUUUGUGGCGAGACUUGACGAUAUGGACAGCUAUAGCUGGGGUGCCGCUGUAUUGGCGUGGCUGUACCGAUGCAUGUGCAGGGUGGCGAACAGAAACGUCACCAACUUGGCUGGACCCCUUUAG